CGCCUUCUGUGGCGUUGGCUUUAAAAGGAGACGCGGGGGCCCAAGAAGCUCAGAUUCAUCUUUCACCGCGGUCGAGGCAGUAGGCAGACUCAGUGCAGUGUAAUCAGUGCUCAGAAGGGUUAAUUGCAAAAGAGGCAAAAUGAAGUUCCUUGUGGUGUGCCUGUUUGCGAUUCUAGGCGCUGCCGUUGCUAUGCCCGUAGAGGGCGACACUGUCAAAGAGCCCGUGCCACUGAUCGUCAGCGACUACUCGAGCGUGGCCAAGGACAGCGCCGCCGCCGUCCCGGAGUCCGUGGCGCCCGUCGCGUCCGAGGAGGCCAAGGCUGAGGCCGUCGAGUCCACCGACGCGCCCGUCACCGAGCCCUCCGCCGACGAGGCCGAGAAGGAGUUCGCCAACGAGGUCAAGCAGGAGGAGAAACUGCUGAGGACCGUCAGCGAUGAAGCCGAAGACGUCGCCGCCGUGACCGAGAACGUCGUCGAGGCCAAGGAAGAGCCCUCCGAGGACGCUCCCGCGACCACCGAGCCUGCCGCCUUGUCCGACGAGGCCCCCGAGCCCGUGCAGGUCGACGCCAAGACCGUCGAGGAGGAGGUGAGGAGCGAGGAGGCCGCCGCCACCACCGUGGAGCCAGAGUUCGUGCCCGCCAAGGACGCCGUCAGCCGCAGGAGGCGUGACACCGAAGAGGACCAGACUGAGUCGGUGGAGGCAGUGACUGAUACCGUCAAGUCGGCCGAGGUGGUCGCAGAGGUGGUCGCCGAGGAGGCGGUCGAGAGCAGGACUGAGUCUGAUCCGGAGCCCACCACCGUCAGCAACGAGAAGGCCGAAUCGUCGUAGACACACGAAUUUGAGAAUCACACGCGCAAAGCCGUCUGACAAAUAGAUUUUCGCCUCCCUUAAUUUAUUUCCGCAACAUUCUCACACUGGGAAAUCUAUUUCUUGUCAUUCUCAGGCUUUAAAAAAUUACUUUUUUUAAUUCCAAGCAUAGUAGAAACAGCGAACAGCCCCUCGACGCCAGCUUCUUCACAGGUUUUAAAACGUGAGCAGUGAUUUUAAAAAAUGUUUUAAUUUAAGAUUGUAUUUAUGAAUGAGAAAAUAAAAAUUUUGUAAGAAAA